CAAAAUGCGGUUAACCAACCGUGCCCACCCCUACUUGCAGGCUUGCAGCAGUUUUACUUCCCGGGCGGGCGCUCUUGAACUAGCAGAGCAAAGCUUUCAAAGAGUUCUUCGCAGAGAAAAGAAUUUUGUUUACAUAGCUGCUUGCCAAUAUCAAUGGUGCUUCAAAUAGACCCAGACAAAAGAUUAUCAUUCAAUCGCCCCAUCAAAGAUGGAGAUUUGGUUAUUGUGUACGAACGGCACGACGUGAUGAAAGCUGUGAAGGUUUCUCAGAAUGGGGUGCUCCAGAAUCGAUUCGGGGUGUUCAAGCAUUCGGAUUGGGUCGGGAAACAUUUCGGGUCGAAAGUUUUCAGCUCAAAAAGCGGAUUCGUAUACCUAUUGGCCCCAACGCCGGAACUAUGGACGCUUGUUCUGAGUCACAGAACUCAGAUUCUAUAUAUUGCUGAUAUAAGUUUCGUGGUUAUGUAUUUGGAGGCAGUUCCGGGUUGCUUGGUACUUGAAUCCGGUACAGGAAGCGGGUCUUUGACCACAUCUCUUGCUCGGGCUGUUGCUCCUACAGGGCACGUUUACACAUUUGAUUUCCAUGAACAGAGGGCUGCAUCUGCUAGAGAGGAUUUCGAGAAGACGGGUUUAAAGAGUUUGGUGACAGUAGGGGUAAGAGACAUACAAGGUGAGGGGUUUCCUGAGGAAUUUUGCAAAAGGGCAGAUUCGGUGUUUCUUGAUCUCCCUCAACCUUGGCUUGCCAUAACUUCAGUUGGAAAAAUGUUGAAAGAAGAUGGUGUCUUGUGCUCCUUCUCACCUUGCAUUGAGCAAGUCCAGCGCUCUUGUGAAGCACUCAGAUCUUGUUUCACUGAUAUAAGAACCUUUGAAGUACUCCUCCGCGCUUAUGAAGUUAGGCAAAGAAUGCAGGAGAGGUGCCCAAGUGAGAAUGGCGAUACAGUUGAUCAUCAUCCAUGCAAGAGGAGAAUGGCAUCUAACGUUGAUGACAACAAAUGUUCUGCUUCCUCUCCUGCUGUCACGGUGAUGCCUUGUGGCGAGGCAAGAGGUCACACGGGCUACUUGACAUUUGCCAGACUUAAAUGUGUGGCAUAAAUGGGGUUCCAAGAUUGGAAGGAGGCCUCGACCAGCAGAGACACUACAGUCCAUGUAAAAGGCCCAGACGCACUCUGGUUGGUUCAUGUUGUACUGUUGUAGUUUGACAGUUUUGUAGACAACAGUAGCCUACUAAAUAUUGGGUUUCUUCAUUGACCAACACUUGUGAACCAAAAACUCCGCCAUGAUAAUUUUAAGGUUAAAGUGAAAACAUUAGAACUUACAGUUGGGUUAUUAUAUCCCACCCAUAAUUUAAGGGCCUUAAUAUGUCCUUUUUCGACGCAAUGGAAGUGGUACUUUAAAGA